AUGCUUGAAGUGUAUUGUGAUCCUUGCACGGUCAAUAGCCGCAAAGUAUUGGCUGGCCUCGACCUCCUGGGCACAAAAUACAAUUUCAACCAUAUCAACUACUUCACUGGUCAACACAAGAGUCCCGAAUACCUGCAAAUCAACCCACAUGGCACAGUGCCGGCUGCGGUUGAUGGGGAUCUGAAGAUCACCGAAUCCAAUGCCAUUCUGCAGUACGCCGCUGACGAAUGUGGUUCAAUGUACCCGAAGGAUGCUAAACAGCGAUGUGCUGUGAACCGCUGGCUUCUCUGGGAAGCAUCAGUUUGGUUUCCCAGCUGCUACGUCUAUCUGGUUGAAUAUGUGGUGAAGCCGCUUCUGAAGGCCGAACCCGAUCAAUCAGUCGUUGAUGCGGAAGCACCGAACUGGCACAAGCACGCUGCAAUCUUGGAUGCACAGCUGUCGAAGACCAAGUGGCUCACUGGUGACAAUAUCACCAUUGCCGAUAUCGCCGUUGCUGCGCCUAUGCACUUACAUGCCGCUCAACGUCUCCCACUCGACCAGUAUUCCAAUCUUACACGUUGGAUGACGGAGCAAAUCGAGAAGCUGCCUCAGUGGCAGAAUACUCAAGUUGCUGUCGACAAAGCCUUAUUGCCAGGUAAGGCUGCUACCAGUGGCACGGCCGGAGCUGUCCGAGCUAUUUUCAACUACACGAAGGACGUUGAGAAGCGGACCGAGCUUUACUUCUACGAUUGUGAGGCUGCAAAGGAUAUCCAUGAGCCUGGGGACGAUCCACACGAGAUGACAGUUACCGACGGGUGGUACAGAGCUGACUCCUUCUCCAUCGAUAAGGAAGGGUUUUCUCUUCGUCAAUUCAAGACCGGAUUUGACAAGUGGGAGGACGAGGAAUCCGUUCGCGAGCAGUUCUACCCUGAGAUUGUUGAAUUCCUCAAGAACACCACAGGAGCCAAGCGCAUUCUUGUGUUUGACCAUACCAUCCGCACGAAGCGGAAUGAAGCAAAGAAGCUGACCCAAGAGACAAACACUUCUCAGCGGGCUCCCGUCAUGCUGGUCCAUUGCGACUACACUGCAGAGUCCGGUCCCGCCCGUGUUCGCCAACUGCUGAAAGAUGAGGCUGAGGACCUCCUUUCUCGGCGCGUGGCGUUCUUCAAUGUAUGGAAGCCGCUUUACCAUACUGUGGAGGAGCGACCGUUGGCCAUGUGCGACGUCUCCUCGGCUCCCAUGGUGGAUUUCUUCAAGUUGUAUCUUAAGUAUCGUGAUCGUGUUGGGGAGAACUAUGUCAUGCGAUAUUCGCCGAACCAUAAGUGGUGGUAUUUCCCGAAAAUGAUGCCGGAACAAGCUAUUACCCUGAAAACAUACGAUUCACAAACGGAUGGGCGCGCUCGGUUUGUUGGCCACAGCGCAUUCGAAGAUCCCAAUUCUCCGCCUGAUGCACCAAUCCGUGAGAGCGUUGAGAUUCGCACAAUUGCAUUUUUCUGA